GCAGCAGUCACCGCCAUGGCCGGCCGAGCCCGCGGGUCCGCGCGCGCGCUGCUCGCCGCCCUGCUGGCGCCGGCGCUGGUGGCGCUGCUGGUGGCGCCGGCGCGGGGCCGGGGCGGCCGGGGUCACGGGGACUGGGACGCCGCCGCGGCGCUGCCGCCGCUGCCGCCCCGCGAGGACGCGGCGCGCGUGGCCCGCUUCGUGACGCACGUCUGCGACUGGGGCGCACUGGCCACCCUCUCCACGGACCAGGCGGUGCGCGGCUGGGCCUUCGCCGACGUCCUCUCGCUCAGCGACGGGCCGCCCGGCGCGGGCAGCGGCGUGCCCUACUUCUACCUGAGCCCGCUGCAGCAGUCCGUGGGCAACCUGCAGGAGAAUCCACAUGCUACCCUGACCAUGUCUUUGGCACAGACUAACUUCUGCAGGAAACAGGGAUUUGAUCCCCAAAGUCCCCUCUGUGCUCACAUAAUGCUGUCAGGAACUGUUACCAAGGUGAAUGAAUCAGAAAUGGACUUUGCCAAGCAGUCGCUGUUCGUCCGACACCCUGAGAUGAAAACGUGGCCCUCCAGCCACAAUUGGUUCUUUGCGAAGUUGAAUAUAACCAACAUCUGGGUCCUGGACUACUUCGGUGGACCCAAAAUAGUGACACCCGAAGAAUAUUAUAAUGUCACAUUUCAGAGAAGAGGCACAGGCCAGUGAUUCUCUUCUGGACCCACAAAACCACCUGACUUUAUAGGAAUACAGACACAGCAGUUCCAGCAUCACGACCGGGCAGUGAAUUCUCCAGUAAGCUGGUUAAAGUUUGUAAGACGUGACCAUCUCUCAUGUACAGUCAUUUUUGCAUAAAUGACGUGCCCGAGGGCAGUGCUUGCUUUAAUAACAAAAAUGAGCUUGCCCCUGUUGAAUAAGUGAGUAAAAUAGAUAAAUUUGAGGUUCCCAUUUUAUUUCACAGACGAGUGAGCCUUGUCUGCAGCUCAGAGAAAAGGCGGAGCAUUAUCCUGUCCUUUGGAGAGGAGGACCAAAGGCUAGACCAGAGUCGGACCCCUUCUAAGGCAGGACACCCGAAAUCCUAGAGAUAGACACGUCUGACCACUAGUUGUCCAUUUCGGAGUCCGGGAGUGGACCCCUCAUCAUCCUACCCACCUCGUUUGCCCGUAGCCCAGGAGACGGUAAUGUCUGUGAGGGCCGAGAGCCUGCACGCUCCGAGGGAACCUCUCCCAGGGGCCUCGUGGCUUUCUGGAACUUUACAGAAUGGCCGGCUUGCGCAGCUCAGUUUUGGAAGAUGUUGCUUCUCCAGAUGCCAUAAAGCCUCUGCAUCUGAAGUCCGUUGCAUUCUGGUGGAGUCUCGAGAGAGCUUCAGUACAAGUGCCACUUAGUAGGGCUCACGUGGGGCCUGACCGAAUCUGGUGUGGCUCAUUGGACUGUUGGGUCCAGACCACGAACAUAUUUGCAUGUGGACCGGAAGGUUCUGCCGCCACACGGCGCAUCUUCGGGCGUCCCUGAGUGGGCGGUUCUCAGGGGUCUCAGCAGUCGCCUCCUGUCACCGUUGAGCCUGAGCUGCAGGGUGCUCACCCCACGGCCCCCCCUCCAGUGCUCCCGAAGGUUCCCCAGCACAGGCACAGGGAGUAGGAGGCUGUAAGCCACCAUCUGGCCCGGUGUCCCUCACCUGGACGUGGUUUCCUGGUAGCUGUGGCCAGACUGCGGCAGGAAGGGGGGUCCAGGUGGCCUCCCUGGCUAAACUCAGUGUCGUGGGAAACUUGGCUGAUUCCCUUCUGUCCUCAAACGCUGUUGUCUUUUAAGUGAGCUGUCAGGUGUUCUUGGUGCUCAUCUGUGCUUCAUCCCGGCGGCGCUUCCUGGAGCGUGCGGCACCGCACCCGGAGGCGAGGGGUGCUGGCUAAAAUGAAGAUUCCAGGGCCCGACCCUACACGUGCUGAUACCAGAACUCCGGAGCAAGCCCAGGCGACUCUUGGGUACCUGAAGCGGCUGAAAUUAGCUCCAAAUUUCAAGCUUCUGGAUCAGGAGUUUCUCUCGUCAGUGAUUAUUAACUCGUAAGAUUUGUCAGCUCGGUUUAAUGAAAUCAUUCUUCCUCUCUCUUACCU